GCACCGUUGACAAAGGGUGAGGUGGAACCGGACGGAGCCACGUUUUCUAGCUCUGCCCCCGCAAAGUGCUCCAGAGAGCGUUUUUUCUGGGGAUCCGAAGCUGCAGGGCUCCGAUUUUGGAGCCGCCCGUGGAGCCUGCCAAAGGGAGCCUCCCCCCAUACAAGGAGAUAGAUAGCGCCAAUGAUGAUGAAGCCUUCGUAUUGCGUCUGCCUACUUUUCCUGGCCUCCAUCCUCGUGGCCUCGUCGGCCGUCGUCACCGUGUCGCCGAAGGAGACGACAACCCCGGAGAAGGCCUUGACGGCAAGGGCGCCGGCGGCGUUGCAGCCCGACGAGGCUUUCCUCGCCAGCCUCUGCGAGCAGCAGCGCGGGCGGCCCCUCCCGUGGUGCAAGCAGCUGCACGCCAGGCGCCGCCGCGGCGGCGGCGGCGGCGGCUGGCACCACCUGCCGAUGCCGCCCCCCAGCCGCGACGGCGAGGAGAUCGACCCGCGCUACGGCGUGUCCAAGCGGCUCGUGCCGAGCGGGCCCAACAGGCUGCACAACUGAUCGGGCCACGCACGCGCGAGGCCGUUAGUUUUUCUUGCUAGCUACAUUUCCUUUCUUUUUUUCCCCUCUCCCCGAGGAUUCUUGCAUCGCUAGCUUGCAUUGCCAUUGCUUGGAAAGGAUUGACAAUGGAGGAUGAUGCACCUAUGCAACAUACUCGGAUCUUCAUUGUUACAGUAGAUCCAAUAUUAAU